AGCUUGUAGAAAAACUAGCCGAAGUAUAUGCUCAGAAAUCGGAUCUGAGGAUAUAAUAACUUUUCUCUGUGAUCGAUGUCGUCGGAACAGCAAGCUGCGGCGUUUGCAUUCUGGAAGGAGCGAUCGACCAGGGAGACCGUUCCCGACACCUCAUCCAAGAAACCCUCUCUUCCUCCGAAACCACGGAGUAGCGGACGGGUCCAGACGCCGCAGCAGGUAGCUGCCGUCUCCGAGAAGACCUUCCUUGGCCCGGCUUCCUCCUCGUCUCCCACUGUCAUCGAUCGCCCUGCAAAACCGCUGAAACCUCCUACGCCUGCAAAACCUUCUCCCUCUCCUCCUCCUCCCUCCAUUAGAUCUCCUACGCCUGCAAAGCCUUCUCCCUCUCCUCCUCCUCCCUCCAUUAGAUCUCCUUCGUCGCUACGCAGAACGCCCCCUCCCCCUCCUCCUCCUCCUCACAAAAUCCCCGCACGGACCUCGGGCGAAAACGUGUCCUCAACUCAACAUCCGACGCAGAAAGUGCCUCUCUUACCUCCUGGAUCGUCAUGGAAACCUGCGAAACCAGCAGCACGAAGCGAGUCCCUCAGGAGUAACUUGUCGGGUCCAAAGUCCGUUGCCAGAGCAACUGAAGAGCAGCGUACAACAGAUCCUCGCCGUUACCAUGACGAUAAAUCCACAAACAACGCAGCAGUCUCGGGAAGUGGGAAACAAGUUCUGAAAAUCGUUCAAAGAUUGAGUUUCGACGACCCCCGCACUCAAUUUGGCCCCAGUUCAAGGGGUUCCGAAAUUCACCGAACCCCUCAUUCUGUACCUGCAAUUUCUAAAGGAAAACAGUUUCUCUUGCCCUCUCAGAGGGGGGCUAAUAUUGGGGUUAACGAGGGGGACAGUAGCAGGGAAAGGCUUAACCGGAGUGUAGGGAAAGUGUCAGGAGCAGUGAAGGAAGAGUUAAGGAAGCGAAGAAGCAGUGGGCCGAAGGUUAAAACUGACUCUGUUGCUAUGGAAGAGAGAGAAGAGGGAGAGAGAGAGAAAGAGGGAGAAGGAGGGAAAAGUCUACGAGAAUCUCGAUCUUUCAGUGGUUCUAGAAGAUCAGCCAAAAUAAAGAGUUCCUGGACCUGCUACCUUGACGGUCCUGCAGAUAACACGGUAUCUGAUCACCCUCCCCUCUCCCCCUCCCUACUUCAGUCAUUCUCUGAUUCAUUCAGAACUUCCUCUACAAAGUCGGCACACAACUAUCUCCGUGACAACGCUGCCGUUUCCACGGAGACCAUCCAGUUCUGGGAGAUGGUGGCCAGGUAAGUCAGCACUCUGUUCAGGACGACCUGAAAUUCAGAGUGUCCUGAAAAAUGGCACUUGAAACGAUGAUGUAAAAUAUAACACAACGGCAUGGACUUAAGAGUACUGAAAUUGUUACGUCAUCUAUAUUGAUGAUGUAAUGAUGAUGUAAUCUGUCUCCCCCACCUGCAGUGUUAGGAAGGAGAGAGGUGAUCGCUGUGGUUACCUGUGCUCCCUUCUACUCUCGUCCCGUCAACCCUCCCCCUCCUCACCUCCUCUCCUGCGCACCACCACCAUAUCACACACUGCCUCCGCCGCACGCAGCAACAGAGGGGAUCAUGUGAUCUCCGUCGUUAUGGUUACCACUCCGGGGGAAAACCCUGUCUCGUUCCAAUGCAGCGCUCAGUUGACCAUAAACGAGGUGACUAAAAAGGGUGUGGCCCAAUUGAAGAAAGGUCAGAGGUCAACAGGGAUUCGGUGGUUGAAAGUAUGCGGAAGAGACGAGUAUCUUGACCCAGUGAAAAAGAUGAUUGAUUUUGUCUAUGUUCACAAUUGCCUCAAGCUAGACACAGAGGUUAAAGUUCAAAUCAUCGAUCAAAAUCAGCUCCCAACAUCACUAGCCUGCCAGCCGCAGUCGGUUCCCAUUCCACCUGCCCCGCCCACCUGGGGUGAUCAGUCCUCGUUCCAUUCUGUAUCGGCUCAUGAACUAAACAACCUUCUGGACAGCUACGUUUCCAAGGCUGCAAAAUUCAGACAAGUCGUCCUAUCUCAAAAAGAUUCAGUGAGUAAUCUCUCUUCUCUCUCUCCCUCGUUUUCCUUUAUUAUAAGUCCUUAUUAUAUUGAAAGUUACCCCUUCCGAGAAUGAAUGUUAUUUGCUCUAAACUAUCACAAGUUUGUUAACUGUGUUCUGGAGACAGUA